AUGAGUUAUAAUGAAAUUGAGAGCCUUCAAUAUUUUAAUGAUGGUGAGAGACAACUUAAGUUGAUCAAUUUAGAAAAGCUUGAUUUGAGUUACAAUUUGUUCAAUAAUACCUUAUUGGCACGGCUUAGAGGACUUUCCAAUCUGAAGUCUUUGAAUGUAGGGAAUAACUUGAUUAAAGGAUCAAUAAAUAUUAUUGAAGAAUUAGAUGGUUUGAUCAAUUUAGAAGAAUUAAUGUUGGAUGGUUCCCAUCUCAACAACAACAUUCUUCAAAGCAUUGGUGUAUUGAAUUCUCUCAAAGCCUUGUCUUUGCAUGACUGUGGGCUGACCAGAACACUACCUACCCAAGGAUGGUGUGACUUACGGAAGGCGUUGGAUAUUAGCGAAAAUGCACUCGAGGGAGAACUUCCUUCAUGUUUGGCUAACUUAUCUUCUCUUUACCAUUUGGAUAUUUCUGGUAAUCAAUUCAUUGGAAAUGGUGCCUCAAUUGCUCUAGCCAAUCUCACAUUGCUUAGAUUCGUUUCUCUUUCACGGAACCUAUUUGAAGUUCCAUAUUUUUUCAUGUCAUUUGCCAACCACUCACAUCUCAAAAUCCUCUCCAGCAAUCAAAAUAAGUUAGUCAAAGAGCCUACCAUUCCUACUUGGGUCCCAAAGUUCCAAAUACGAGUUUUCCAUUUGUCAAAUUGUACAACAAAAGAACUCCACAAUGAAGUUCCCAACUUCCUCUAUUACCAAUAUGACCUGAGAGUUAUUGAUCUUUCAUAUAACAAUUUUGGAGGAAAGGCUCCUUUGUGGUUGUUAGAGAACAAUACAAGAACGGAAGCAUUUUUAAUGAAGGGGAAUUCUUUUAUCAACCGUGAUCUCCAGUUUCAUUCACGUCCAAAUUCAUACAUGUCUGUUGUUGAUUUAUCUGAAAAUAAAAUACAGGGUCAAAUUCCGACAAGCAUUUGUUCAAUUUUCCCACAACUAUUGGGAUUAAACUUAUCUAACAAUAUCCUUGAAGGUAAUAUUCCUCCUUGUUUGGGCAGUUUGGACUUUGAUUUUUAUUUAGAUCUAUCACAUAAUCAGUUAUCUGAAGGAAUACCAGAAAAGUUGGCUAAAUGUGACGAAUUAGUGUUUCUUGGACUAUCAAAUAAUCGUUUAAGUGGGAAGAUAAGCCCAACUAUCUUUAGCUUACAGAAAUUAAAUUUUUUAUAUUUAGAUGGCAACAACUUUGAUGGGAGGUUACCUAGUAUUGAUAUCACAAUUGUUCGUCUAUCUCCCCUUAUGGUUAUGGAUUUAAGUAAUAACAGCUUGUCUGGUGAGCUCCCAAGAUGGAUGUCGAAUCUAUCAAAAUUGGUGGCAUUGAGUUUAUCGAACAAUCAACUUGAGGGUUCCAUUCCGAGGGAUUUUUGCCAUAUAGAUGGCCUCAAAGUUUUGGAGCUUUCCCAAAAUAAUUUUUCUGGCCCAAUACCAUUUUGCUCUGGUGCACAAUCUAUCAAACAUCUCCAUUUGAAUAGAAAUAGAUUAAGUGGCACCUUGGGAAAUGCAUUCUUUAACUGCUCCUCUUUGGUGACUUUAGACGUUAGUGAAAACCAGUUGACUGGUGAAAUUCCAAAUUGGGUUGGUUCUCUUUCAGCUUUGCGUGUCCUCCAUCUCAAGGCCAAUUUUUUUACUGGAGAAAUUCCUAUUGAGUUAUGCAAAUUGUCUUCAUUAAGCAUCAUUGUUCUUUCUCAAAACAAUCUUUCAGGUCCAAUACCUUUUUGUUUGAGUAAUUUAACUCUUGAGCCAAAUGAUGAAAAAUCUUCAACAAGAGCGUAUUUGGCAAUUACUUCUGAAUUCAUAAGAGGUGAUUAUAGAGAACAGACCGAAUUUGAAAUGAGCACUUUUGGAGGACUUGAUGAAGUCUUUGUACCUUUGUUUAUUGAGAAUCCAAUUGAUGAAAAGGUUGAUUAUACGACAAAGAGAGCUUCUUACAUAUACAAGGGAAACAUUCUUAAGUAUAUGUCUGGAAUUGAUUUAUCAUGUAACAGGUUAACAGGUGAAAUCCCCAUUGAGAUUGGAAAUUUGAGUGAAAUUCGUUCAUUAAACUUGUCACACAACAAUUUGGCUGGAAAUAUACCAUCAACGUUCUCAAGGCUUAAUAAAAUUGAGAGUUUGGACCUUUCCCACAACAACCUAAGUGGAAUAAUCCCUAUUGAAUUGUUGGAGUUGUAUACCUUGGAAGUUUUCAAUGUGUCAUACAACAACUUGUCAGGGAGUAUUCCAUCUCAGAAAUCUCAAUUUGCGACCUUUGAUGAAAGCAGUUACAUGGCAAAUCCUUUUCUCUGCGGACCUCCACUGCCUAAAGAUUGCAAUGAGCCUAAUUCACCUUCGACAACAGCACCAAAUGCCUCAAACGAUGAAGAAGAAAGUGGUUUGAUGGACGAGUAUGUUUUCCAGGUGACCUUUUUUGUUUCUUAUAUAAUUGUGUUAUUGGUUAUUGUUGCAAUCCUGUAUAUAAAUCCAUAUUGGCGACGAGCAUGGUUUUAUUUUGUUGAACACUACAUCAAGACUUGUCGAUAUUUUAUUGAGGACAAUCUUCUAUGA